AUGACUGCGGGAAGUUUGUUUGGGGGGGCCCUUCUGGACAGUGUGGGGCCCCGGAAGACAGCAGCAGCGGGGCAGCUGCUGGCAGCAGCAGCAAGCGCGUGUCUUGCUGCCAGCAGCAAACUGGGGGACUGGGCCUUGUGCUGCAGCUGCGUGCUGCUGGGCGCAGCAACAGACACAGCUUUCUUGCCGCUGCUGACAGCAGCAAGGCUGUUUCGGGGCCGCGAGGGUUUGCUGCUGUGUGUCUUGGGCAGUGCUGCUUCUGCUUCCUUCGGAGUCCCGCUGCUGCUGCAGCAGCUUGCUGCGCUGCUGCAGCUGCAGCAGCCCCUCUCUGUCUUCUGGCUCUACGCAGCAGCAGGCCCUGGCUUCUGUUUGCUGCUCACCUGCCUCUUCUUCCCCAACUCCGGCUUCAUAGACCCCCACCACCAGCAGCAGCAGCAGCAGCAGCAGCAGCAGCAGCAGCAGCAGCAGCAGCAGCAGCAGGGGGGCAAACGGCCCGUUUUUUGCAGUUUGGAGUUCUUUCUGCUCGCCCUGUACUUCUCCGUGGUCUCCUGCGCCGUGGUCUUCUACCAGGAGGCCCCCCGCCGCUUCUUUUCUCCUUUUCUCCUCAAAACUCUCCAAACUUCUCUUCCUUUUUCUUUCCUUCCUUGUCUUUUCUUCGGCCUUCUCGCGGACUCCUGGGGGCCCCUCCGCCUCAUGUCUGCAGUCUCCGCCUCGGGCCUCUUGGCCUACGUCUGCGCGCUUCUGGGGGCCCCCCGGGGGCCCCCGAAGGCGCGUUUGGGUGGGGCCUCGCAAGUUGCCGGCGGCCUACUUGACUGA